AUGGCACAACAGGAUCUACUCAUCAAUCAACUGUUGCAGGACAUCAUUCAGGGAAUGCAACCCCUGUUUCUCAAGCAUGGCAAAACGAUGCAGCUAACCCUUCCUGACAAGGCCUUAUUUACUACCGGCGACCCGAUACAUCUGCAAGGAGCUUUGUACAAUAUCAUUGAUAAUGCUAUUAAAUAUGGCGGCCCGGAUAUCAGGGUCACAGCCAGCCAUACCGGCAAUCAUAUCCAUAUUCAUAUCAGCGAUAACGGCAAGGGCAUUCCACCGGAAUACCGAAACAAGAUCUUUGAAAAAUUCUUCCGGAUCCCAUCCGGCAAUGUGCAUGAUGUAAAGGGCUAUGGCCUUGGCCUGAAUUACGCAAAGUAUGUGGUGACUGCCCAUGCCGGACAUAUCUAUCAACAAAACAAUCCGGAAGGCGGUGCUCUGUUUAGUAUCACAUUACCAAUAAAAAGAAUAGCGCAUGAAAGUUAA